UUUUAUAUUUAUUUUCUUAACAAACGACAUUCUAUCACUGCUUCAACCUAUCUGGGCGUUAUUAACGGAUUCUUAUGUAUAUUUGUAGAUGCUGGCACAUAUAUGGAUACAUCGAACCCCUUGGCCCCACCAAUGGGCGGAGCUGGUGGCGCAGUACUUUGGCCAGCGCCAGAAACCAAACAUGAAAUCGAUUCAGGUAUGAUGCCGCCACCAAUCACUACACAAAUGCCGAUGGGCGUGCGACGCCCUUCAUUGCCCACAGCCACACCCAUGCUGACAGAUCAACAGUUGGCCCAUCUAAAUGUUGCCGAAACACUCAAGACUGAGCUGAUCGACGAAACGUCGCAAAGUUCUUUGGCUGAGUCGAUACAGCCGACAGAUGCCGUUAUGGCCAAUUGUGGCGCACCCAUCAGUCCCACAGCUGCCAUGCAGUUUCACUCACACUAUGACCGCAAAACUAGCAUGGACACAAUGAUGUAUGAUUCGAACAGCAUGCCGGCCUUUCCAGUACCGCCGCCACCUUCCGUAGCAGCUGCUGUUGAGUUGGCCGUCAAGACGGAAAUCGCUAAAGUUGUGGCACAGCAACAGCAGGCAGUCGCAGUGGACAAAUUCAUCACCGAUUUGACCAAAUCCACUGCAGUGGCAGACGACCCGAAUGUGGCCGCCGUGGUUGCUGCAGCGGCUGCGGAGGAGUCGCUUUUCGGUGGCGUUGGUGGUGUUAAUAGCGCCGUUGGUCCGGCCAUUGAUCAUCCGUUCGGUGACAUUAUGCAGCAGGCAAAUGCACAGCAACAGCCUCCUGUACUCGAACGCAGCUUAUCCAUAUCGAGCAACUCCUCCUCUCACUCCAACAGCUCGAGCGGUUCUUCGCCACACAACAGCUUGACAGCUACACUUUCGGUAUCGCCGAAUAAUUCGCUGAAUGGUCAUAAUUCUCCCAUCACCCAGGAUAUUAUAUUGAACUCGGAACCCGCCGCUGUGCUGAAUGCUAUGCCAAUGCAACAACUCUUGCCCGCUCCACUGGGUGGCAACAGCGCUGCAGCCGUUUCAGCCAACGCAGUGGUCGAAGCUGCCGUUGCCGUUCCAGGUGGAACGACCACUGGCGCAGCAGUCGCCGAUCCCAAUAGUAUCUCCACUGAAAUGAUCAUGAAUCCCGCAGUUUCACCGUCCACUAUUUUGUGUUCAGCUAAUGGUGCUGCCACUGCGGUGGUGCCGAAUAUCAUGGCGCCACACCAAGUCACCAUGGCCAAUUCGAUUUUGAAUGACAUUGCAAUGCAGCCGCAGCCAACUCAACAAGAUGCUGCCGUGGCAGCGCUUGCGCUCAGCAAUAUUAUAAUGAGUCCGCCGAAUACGGCUGCUGCGGUGGUUGAUAAUGUUGCCAAUGCGGAACAGGCAGCUGAACAACCUGUGACUGUGGCAACAUCCACUGCUGUCAGUAAUAUGAUUAUUAAAGCUGCGGCCGAUUUAAUAUCUAAUCAGGAGCAACAACAACAUCAUCAGCAGCAACAACAACAUCACCAGCAGCAACAACAACACCAACACCGACAGCAGCAACAUCGCCUUCAGCAACAGCAUCAGCAGCAGCAGCAGCAACUUCAUCAUCAACAACAACAACAGCAGCAGCAACAGUCACCGCAAGCAUUGAUGAAUGGCGCGGCAGCAGCAGCUGCAGCAGCAGCGGCGGCGGCAGCAGCAGCAGCAGCAGCCUCAAAUGCCAAUACAAGUCCCUUAGUUAACUUGCUUUUAAACCACCCAGACGUGUCGCCAUCUGCAGCAGUCGCGGCAGCAGCAGCGGUCAAUGAAGUUCAGUCACAAUUCUCUUUGGGCAUUCCUCCCACAACGCCACAGGAAUCUCUCAUCGUCGCAUUGGCCACGGAAAAUUCUAUGCAAAAAUCAGUAGCAGCCGCUGCCGUGACUACAAAUGGUGCCAUCGUUACUCAACAAACAUCAGCUGCGGCGGCAGGCAUUCAUCCUGGCGCUGCGGUCGGACCUGUACCUCUUCAACCGCCUAUUCCGCAAGAAUUGACCACUAUGUCAGAUCAAGACUUGAUUAGCUACAUUAAUCCAAGCACAUUUGACCAAAUCUAAAAGCACGAGCGAAACCGAUUUCGAAAGGGUAAACAACGAAUAGAGCACAUUUUUGUGUAAUGCUAAAAGCAUUCAGAGGCAUUGAUUUAAGGCAACGAAUGUUUCACGACCACAGCGCUGACUCUAUUGGCUAGCGUAAUGAUCGACGAUUGCCUGCCUGCUUGCUAUUGAUGCGAAUUGAAGAAGAAGAAAAAACUACAAAUCAAAAAAUUAAAAAAUAUACAUAUACAUUGAGCGGCUGGUGAGAUGUGAAAUUGUCAUGGCAGCUGCAAGCAAACCUAGAACACACAAAAAACGAGCAAUUAACUAUUUUUUAACAAUAUGAAUAACGCACAUCGUAAAUACGUACUUAUGUACAUAUGUAUGUAUAUACGUAAAUGCAGUUAUACAUAUGUAUGCAUAUUUUAAAAUACCCCAAUAUAUUUGAUGUGUCUAUGUGAAACUGCCGCCUACUUGUAGGCGGUAGCGAAAAGCUUCGGUGUUAACUCAACUAUGUACGUGUUUGAAUGUCCAAUGGAAACUUCUUGGUGUUCGAUAAUUAAAAUUUUUUUUUGUGUUUUUGAUUAAUUUAAAGCUAUGCAUAUGUUUCCUUAAUUGGUUAUUGUUAUAAUGUGGCUGCAAUGCAACAUACAAAUAAGCAAAAAACAUAUGUACAUACAUACAUUCUGCACUUGAAUGUUGCAUGCAUACGUCAUUAAUCAGUUUUUACUCCAAAAUGUACAAAUAAAGAGAUAAUUGUUUUUGUUAUCAAAAAAAACAAAAAAACAUUAAAUACAAUUACAUAUUGUAUUGCUCCAUUGCACAAACAGGUCGAUCACAAGGGCUCUGAAUGAAGAAGGAGCAACAAUAAGAAAAGUCAAAUUAUCUCCGAAUAAAUAAAAUCAAAAACAAAUAUACUUAUUACUGCCAU